GUACAGGAGUAGAAGAGAACGGAUUGCUAACCGAGCUAGCUGGAUCCUCCCGGUUACAGAAGCAAAGCUGAGCGCGGUCAUGUUUCACACGGUGGGAUUUAUUUCGUGAUAAAAGCCCACGGUGGACUGGAUCCGUCGCCGCUAGGAGAAAGGGGGACUAUUUUUCUUCGGGCGGAGUAACAAAGCCGGUGUGUGUGUGUGUGUUGGAGGGGGGAUUGCAAAUCUGAGCCGUACGAGUCACCGUUAGCUGGCCUAGCCGGACUCGGGAGCUUCGUCUCCCAAAACAAGAAUGGGGUCUGAGUCGACUCGGAUUAGCCUGCUACUAAAGUGACCUUUGAUUGUGUUCCCCCGAUGGCUAACUUAACGAAUUACCAGGAGGGAAAGGCGGCCGUGCUGCUGGUGGAGGCUCAGCAGAGGGACGUUGGGGCCGCCAACACUAACGGUUUAGUCGGGGAACCCCCUUACCCGUUAAUCAAUAUAGCAGGAGGAGGUUCUCGUUUUCUGCAACAUUUACCUCCCUCCAACCACCUCCACCACCACCAAAACAUCAGCACCGACUCGCCAAAGGAUCAACAUCAGCAUCAUCACUACCAGCUGGCUCCACAGCAGCAUCUUUCCGAGUCCCCGGGAAGAAAAGCCUCCCCCUCCUCUAUCAGCCAGGUACACACCGCCGAGGACCCCGCCGCUAGCAGCAGCACCAGCAGCAGCGGCCAUGUCUACGCCGCGGUGACCGUCACCAACAGCUCGGAAGCCGUAGACGACAUCCGAAAGUGCGGCUAUUUGAGAAAGCAGAAGCACGGACACAAGCGCUUCUUCGUGCUGCGGGCCGCCAGCCACCUGGGGCCGAGUCGUCUGGAGUACUACGACAGCGAGAAGAAGUUCAGGAGCAGCCUGCGCACCGCGGCGGCGGCGGCGGCGGCCGCCAGCGGGGGAGUGGUGGCCGCUUCUCCCCCGAAGAGGGUUAUUUACCUCUACCAGUGCUUCACGGUGAACAAGAGGGCGGACUCUAAAAACAAGCACCUCAUCGCCCUGUACACUAAGGACGAAUAUUUUGCUAUAGUGGCUGAAAACGAGGCGGAGCAGGAGGACUGGUACGUGGCCAUCAGUGAGUUGAUGAGCGAGGGGAAGAGGGGCCACCUGGACUCGGAUGACUUGGAUGAUGGAUAUGGGACAGUCAGCCCUGGGACUGUGUUUAAAGAGGUUUGGCAGGUUAACGUAAAGCCCAAAGGACUGGGUCAAACUAAAAACCUCACUGGUGUUUACCGCCUAUGCCUGUCUACUAAAACCAUUCACCUCGUUAAGCUGAACUCUGAAACCCCCUGCGUUAACCUCCAGCUGAUGAACAUCAGGCGCUGCGGACACUCGGAGAGCUUCUUCUUCAUAGAGGUCGGCCGCUCCUCCUCCAUCGGGCCUGGGGAAAUAUGGAUGCAGGUGGAUGAUUCGGUGGUGGCCCAGAACAUGCACGAGACCAUCCUGGAAACCAUGAAAGCCCUGAAGGCUUUUGCAGAGUUCAGGCCGAGGAGCAAGAGCCAGUCGUCGGGCUCCAACCCCAUGUCGUUCAUCACAACCCGACGCCACCUGGGUAACCUGCCUCCGAGUCAGACAGGGCUGCAGCGGCGCUCCAGGACGGAGUCUGUGGUCGGCACGCCGCCCUCGAGUAAAAGUUCCGGGGCGAGCGGCUACCGCUUCCGGACUUCCAGCGAAGGCGAGGGGACGAUGAAUCGGCCGUUCCGCUCCGCCACGGGGAGCCUGGUCCACCUCAACGCCGCCCGUGGUCCUCACGGUCGCCAGGAUGGCGGCGGGAGCGGAGGCAGCUGGAGCGGCGUGGCCACGGGGAAUGCCGGCACUAGCACCAACAGCAACCGCUACGUCCGGGCUAUCCCGUCCACCUGUCACGCCCGCUCGGCGUCGCUUCCCGUCUCCCACUUCCCCUCAACCACCAGCCCGGUCAGCGUCUCCUCCAGCAGUGGCCACGGUUCUGUCUCCGAUACCCUCACCCGGCCAUCGAGUGCGUCCAUAUGCGGCUCCCCUUCUGACGGCGGCUUUAACUCCUCGGAUGAGUACGGCUCCAGCCCCGGUGACUUCCGGUAUUUCCGGGUUCGAAGCAACACGCCCGACUCUUUGGGAAACACCCCGCCAAUCAGAGAGGAGAACUGCCUUAAUGAUUACAUGGCCAUGGGCUGGAACCGGGAGGUGUUUGGCACCAGUGUUAGUUCUGGAAACAACAGCGGAUGCGAGACGCCACGUGAAGAAAGCACCUUAACUACAGAGGAUGAGCGUUAUUCUUCCUCGUCCCUGAGAAGGAGGACGCACUCUUUCUCCAGAGCCGCUGCCGGCACCACCGGAGCUUCUGGCAUUGCCACCUAUCAGAAAAUGACCCAGACCAACCUCUCACUGGAUGAGGGGUCAGAUGUAGUGUUGCCGUUCGGGAGCGGGCUGCUCCGCGGCGGGCCGUCCUCCUCCUCUUCCUCGCUCCGCUCUGACUACAGUUCCUGCUCCGAGCACAGCCAACAGAGCCGCCCCUCCACGCUUUCUAGGACGGAAGCCGGAGCCGAACGCCCUCCGCUCUCGUCCUCCUCUUCUGCCAAGGAAGAUGGCGGCUAUAUGCCCAUGAUGUGUGGCGUGGCUGCGUCGCCGCGGGACACUCCACCUGACUACAUGCCUAUGCAACCCUCCUCUUAUUCCUAUCAGAUCUCCAACUCUCCCCAGUUCCACAGCCCAGCUUUAGGGACGCGUUCCAACCACAACCACCCGCAGCUCCAAUCCCAAUCUUCCACAGACUCUCAUGGUUACAUGAUGAUGCUCCCAGGAGGCGGCGGUACAUCUCCUUCCUCUCUGCAGGCCUCCCCUAGUAGUUCUGCCGGCGUCGGGGGAACCAGCAGCAUAGCUGAGAAACCCGAAAAUGGAGAAUAUAUGGACAUGUCCUACAGCGGCGGUGGUUGCAAGCUCCCAAGUGAAGACACCACUGUGUAUUACACGCCAGGGACACCUGAGGGGGCUCUCAAGUCUUACAGCCCGUAUUUCUCCCUGCCGCGCUCUUAUAAGGCUCCUAGCAGAGAGAGGGGGGAGAAAGAAGAUGGGGAAUAUGUACCGAUGAGUUCUCCUGCCAAACCAGUAUAUUCGGCAUUUGCAAACGCUUCAGGACCAGAAAAAAGAAUAGGAGGCGGGGGUAGCACCUCCACUCCCUCCCACCCGCCUCCCCCCUACGGUGCUCACCAUACAACUGCAGCAAUGGCCGACCGACGGGUCACCAGGCCCACCCGCCUUCCGUUGGGUAGGAGGAGUUUCCAUGGUCCGCUGCGGGUCAGCGAGCCCUCCACGGCGCCCGCUGGUGUACCUAGCUCGGUCUCGGCGCCCGGCCUCCCCCAUGGGGGGCACUCAAGUCCCGGAGAAUAUAUCAAUAUAGAGUUGGGUGAACACUUCCCUCACCAGCAGCAGCCCCCGCCCUAUCCGCUGUCAGCUCAAGACGCCGCCCCCUCUCUGUUACCCGGCGAAGCUCGGUGCUCCCCUCCCCAGGCCCAGGACUACAUGAGCGUCGAGGUUGGGACAGACCAGCACGAUGCCGCUGGGUGUAAGAACCAGUCGCCCAGACCCAGCCUGGUAGCUCCUUGGAACCCGCCCAGCUACAUCCGACCUCUGGUUAGCAACUCUGGGGUCACCGGUUCAGGGGGUCACUGGAGGUCAGUCGGAGACGAUUACACAGAGAUGUCGUUUAACCUCAGCAGAGGUGAGAGGACUCAAAGCCCCACAGCAAUGCUGCAGCACCUCUGCAUCAUAGAGGGAUGCUACGGUCAUCCCGCCUCUGCCUCCUCAUCCUCCUCCCCUCCUCAUCCUCCAUUAACCCAGCAGCCGGAGCCAAAGGUGGUGCGAGCAGACCCCCAAGGCAGGAGGAGACACAGCUCGGAGACGUUCUCCUCCAGCUCCUCCAAUUCCACCCCCUCAUCCUCAGCCACGCAUCCCUCUCUGUCUCACCUCUCAGCCCCCAACACUAACGGAUCCCACCCGCCGGAAGAACAGACGUCCAGAUGGGCCAGCUCGGCAUCCUUCGACAGCGCAUGGAUGUCUGUGGACAACGGCGCCGAUCCGUCGGCUCACCAAGCCCAGCCGAGAAACACGGAAGCGGACCUCCCUGCAUCGGCCUCCUCAGGGUCCAGCGCCGGUAGAAUGUGCAGGAACAUGUCUGCCGGCUACCAGAACGGCCUCAACUACAUCGCCUUGGAGCUGAGGGACGACGGGGGAGCGACGGCGCCGGGGGCCAGUAGCAGCAGCGGGGGCGUGGCGGCGGCGGCGCCAGCGGGGAUGGUACCUCUGCCCGAGAACGGAGCCUACGCCAGCAUAGACUUCACCAAAUCGGAUGGAGUCACCACGACAACCAAGGACUGAGCGACAGAGGUCCACCAUGUGCCUCCUCCUCCUCCUCCUGCUCCUCAUCAUCUCUUAUAUUGGGGGACACUUGACUCUGCCUUUGACCUUUGCCACCCCCAACCCCCCCUCCAACAGUGACCUUCGACCUUCAGUCACACUAAGAAGCUGCUUUCAUCUGGUCGCAGACGACAUGACAAACCUAAAAAAAAUGCUUGCGGGUUUUAUUAUUUUUUUCAUUGUUAAAUGUUUUUGUGUUUUAUAUGCACAUCCUGUCCUGUUAAUCAUCCUCUUCAACAAUAGAUGCUGCCAGCGUUUGCUGCCCCGCCCCCUUUAGUUCAACACUAUUAUUCACCAGGCAGUGGUCAGUGAACUUUAACUGAGGUGUGUAAACACAAGCACAGGUAGUUUGUUUUUUUUUUCUCUCCUUAUGCGGUAUUAUUUAAAAAAAGGGAAAUUUUGAGCUAAAAGCAAAGGCAUUAUGGUACAAACUUGGAAGCUUGAAAUAUCCUUCUGUCGUUCACCAUUUAAAUUUGUUUUACCCUAUGCAUAAUCCAUCAUCCAGAUUAUUUAAAUUAGUUUUUUUUUGUAAGAACACCUUUUAUAGAUUUUUAUUUUAUUUUUAUUUUUUUUAACUCUUGUUCGGUACAAAACUUAUUUCUGGGUCCAUUUUAGCUUCUCCCUCAGAGUGCGCGCUCGUUUCCCAGGUACAACAUGGCUCCUUAAAACCUGCUGCAAUACUGCGCCAGUAUCUGUUUGUCCCUAUAGUGGGAAAACAAACAUUACAGUAUUUAUUUUGUAAGCUAUACGUUAUUUAUUUGUUUAAACAGGUACAGACGGUCCGCUACAUUUCACACUUCCACACUAAAGGUACUCAGCAGAGCGGGAAAAUCAAAGCCACUAGCUAGUUUUUUGAAACUUUUGUCUUUUGUAGUGGAAGGUUAAGAUCACCUGGAAAAAUUAGCUAAAAUAUGUUUCAUACUAUAUAAAAAAAAUGUAAUUCUACAGAAAAUGAAUAGCAAAAGUCAAACUAGGUAACAUAAACAACACUUUGAUCAGUUAGACUGCAAUAUUAGCCUCCUGGAUGCUAAAGCUAACAGCUAGCUUGGGCGGAGUCGACGUCAAAAACCAGCUGUCUUACAUUCUCUCUCUUUUUUUUUUUUUUUUUUUUUUGAACACUCUUUUGGAAAUCCUCUUAAACAUUCAUUACGAUUCAGUUUCAUUAAUGUUUAAAUAGAUGCUUCAAAUUAUUUGUAGUAACAUGAAGUUGGAGGCUCUGCACCACCAAAAACCUUCCUGAGUGAAACCCCGAAUCAAUGACACAGGAGAAAAGGAAAUACUACAAAUUAUAUUUAGGUGAUUGCCUCCUAGCUGCUAUUUAGUAAUUUUGAGAUUGGAGUCGAUUUACGUUGUGAGAAGUCGCUUUGGCUACUGCAGCAGUUAAACUGCUAACUGGUUAUAAUUUUUCAACAAGCAGUUGCUUCAUAAAUCAUAAGGAUCCCUUUAAAAGAUGGCAACAUUUUCAGGCUUUUAUCGACCAGAUAAAUGGUAUUUAAUUAUCCAUCGAUAGAUAUCACAUUAUGAUGACAUCACUGACUAUUUUAUAUGUUUAAGGACAAGAUUUUGGUUUCUCAAUUUGCCUUUAAAGGGGAAAUAAGAUGGCCAUCUAUCAGAAGAUCAUAAAGGAAUGUGAAAUUAAGAUUAUCCUUAAAACAAAAAUCUAUUCUUUGCUUUUUAUUUUUGCUUCCUACUACGUUGACCAUUUUGAACUAUGUUGAGCCUUUCCAGAAACAUCCCUUCCCAUCAAAGAGAUGUUGUUUUUACUUCAAAGAUCGAUUUAAAGAUCCAGAUCUGCCCACAGUAUAAAUAAUGUCUCCAUUAAGCCUGAUAUUUUGCAAAGAUUAGAUUUUCUGCCAUAUUUCCAACUCCUGUUAACACCUGAAUCUUUUUGGGGAUGAAACCUGAUUUUUUUUUUUCUCAAAAAGCCUUUCAGGAUUACUUUAUGACAUAAUUAUAAAUAAGAUUUUCCCUCUACAGAUGCCCACUCGGGCUUUCUGUGCUAUAACCACCACAGCUGAGUGGUUUAUAGGUGUCUGACUUUUUCAGUUAAACAAAAACUAAACAAAAGGUGAACUGAUGUUAUAGAGAACUGGAGCUUCAGUUAUUUUUAGCAUCGCUUUGCUUUCAAAUUGAUUUAGAAGUGGAAAUCAAGAGUGAUUUAGAUGGGCUCUCACUUAAAACCUUUAACAUAGAGGAUCAGAGUGAAAACAUCAGAAAUGAUUCAUUCUUAAAUAUUGACCUAAAAUGAAAAUUGAUUUUCUUUAAUAUAGUUGAUGUCUAUAUAUACUGAGAUUAAAAAGCUUUUCUGGUGGUUACGCGUUAUUUCCCCGCUCUGCUGCUUGUUGGUUUAUCAUUUUAUUAGAUCUUUGGUUCAGUUUUACCUCAUGGUCCUCAGAACAGUUCAUUUAGAAGUCUGGCCAACGGCUGGCGCUUGCAGCUGGAUGCACAGGCGUAAGACGCGGCGGAGUGACGAGAGCCACUCGUCCUCACGGGCUCUUGAUUUCGGUCGGUCAGGAUUUUUCACACGUCGAUGUUCGUCAGAGGCCGGGCAUGACGUCAAAGAGAGGGUUCCAGUAACCCGAGCUGCACGCCCAGGUGCAACAGGCGGCUUGCCGCCUCCCUCUUAAAUCAGUGUUCAGCAUUUCUGAUCCAGCUUUUUUUUCUUUUAUAUGCGCUUAAGUUCCUUUAUUUUAUAUUUAACUAUUUUUAUUUUCCCAUUUUUAAUUUUUUUUUAUUAUUAUUUUUGCACAGCCAGAGGAUGACUUUGAACUCAUGGCUUCAUCAGAGCUGAGCUGGGAGGGAUGACUGUUAGGAAGGCUGGUGUGUUCUUCAUCAAACGAGUGGCAACAUCUCCCCCAUCAAUAUAUCUCCUGUUUUUAAGUUCCAGUGUUAACAAAACCAUGUGGGAAACAGCUUUUAAGAGGUGAAUUUGUCAUGUAAGGGGGGGGUUAACUGACUGUUUCAUUGUAUGUGGAGGUAAAGGGGGUGAAUAACCUCCAAAAAGUGCUGUUGAAUAGUUUUAAGCCUGUGCCGUGUCUUACGUGUAUAUUUUCAAACAUUUAUUUUUUUUUUUUCAUUCGCCCCUUGAUUUACCUCCUUUUGAUUGAACAAAGAUUUAAUCCCAAGAGCGCAUAUAGGCCGUAGCGGCCAGAUAUAAAUGGGUUAUUGUUUUUCUUUUUUGUUUUUUUUUUUUAUGUUUGCAGACAAAUUUCUUCUGUACUUAUGCUACAGCGAUGUUUUGCGUUUGGGUUUUGAUGCUUGUGGCAGGAGAAAAAAAAAUGGUAGUGUUUAGAGUUUUGUUGGGAUUUUUGGACAGAUCCCUGUUAAUUUAUUCAGAAAUGUCCAUGUUGGAAUGCCUUCUUGUUGGACUUCUCCCCAACCCCAUUGCAGUUUCACUCAUAUCUCUCAAUUUACAGAAAAGGUUAGUUUAUUUUUUGGGCAACAAUGCAACCUCAAAUGUCCUCUAUGUUUUUAAAUGGGUACGAAAAUGAGGAGACUUGAUUCCCUUACAGAAGUGAAAUAAGGUGAUGCAUUAUUAUUAUUAUUAUUGUUGUUAUUAUGCAAACUUUAGUUUGAUUCUUCUCAAUUUUUUUGAUUUCUUUCCUACUCUAGUUUACAGACAGUAAAAAAAACACUUAUUUUUUUCGGAAAACAGAACAAUAAAGUUGUUUUUUUCUCUUUAAUUACUUAGGCAUUUUGCAGUUAUUUGUAUAAAAAAACAACCUGCCUAAUGUUUAUUUUUUGUAACUAUAAUCCAGUUUAUUUGCUGCUUUGUAGUACAGAUACGAGUCGGAGGCAAACACGAGGAUCAGAAGAUGAUCGUUGCCCCGUCUGUUUUUGUUUUGUUUUUCCCACCUGCCCUUUGAAUGCUUUUGAUUCUUGCAGUGGGCUUCGGUGGAAGCCGGGGAGAAGAAGUGACUCCCGCCCUGCCCUGCUGCUUGUGUUUCUAUUUUUCCGAGUUGAAUGCUGUUGUUAAUUAGCUUUACAGGAAAGAGAGAGGAGGAAGUGUGUUUCCUUUGUACAUUGAGGAAAAUAAAUAUUGAAAACCCUGCUAUUUUGCAAGUUCUGUCACUUAGAAACCAUGGAGGGGUCUGAAAUUGUCACCGUAGGUGCAUGUCCACUGUUAGAGACAUAAUCUAAAAAAAAAUA